GUAAAUUAUUUGAUAAAGAUAAGUGACUUGAAAUUUCUUGUUAUUUUUUUUUCCUCAAUGAUUCUACACGAUCUUGUGAUCCCAGAACAACUAAGUAUAUACAUACAUGCAUUGCUUCCUAAAUUUAAGCCGUAUUAUCCAAUUGUGCAUCGCACGAGUACAUAUAUAUUAUAACAUUUUACAAUGGCACUUAUAGCUAUUGUCGGUUUAACAAGAAAAUCGCCGUCGUGAUAUAAGUAUUCUGCUCUAUUACAUCCUAAACGCAUCAAAGCUGUACAGAAAUCUUCCUUCAUGCCUCUAAGUUCUCGUCUGUGGUGGCCUAAUGUUUUAAAAAGUUUUAUAAAUGUGUCUAAACUAGUGAACAAUUUUUUAUAAAAGCUCCAAUAAUUUAUUUAUGAUCUUAUUGUGAUUUUUUGAAUUACCGAAAAUGAUGGCUGACGGAGGUUCUGGUGGUUUAAAAACCAAUUGGGUUCCGGGUCAACCAACUGUUGAUGAAGUCAGCAUUUCAAUGCAAACUUUUGGUAUUAUUGACUACACUGUUUUUACCUUGAUGCUGAUAUCUUGUGGAGGAAUUGGAAUUUAUUUUGGAUUCAUCAAAAAAUCAUCUGGAGAAGAUGAAUAUCUUGUAGGAGGAAGAAACAUGAAAACAUUUCCAGUUAGUCUGAGCUUAAUUGCAAGCUUUAUAUCUGGAAUUUCAUUACUUGGAACACCUACAGAAAUCUAUGUUCAUGGAACCAGUUAUCUUUUCAUCGGCUUUGCCGUUAUUCUUGUGGGUUUUGCUAUGUCAUACAUUUAUUUACCAGUUUUUCAUGAACUUAAACUCACCAGCACUUAUGAGUAUUUAGAAAAAAGAUUUAAUAGGAAAGUUCGUAUCCUUGGAUCUGGAUUAUUUUCUCUUGGAAUUAUGAUGUGGCUUCCCAUAGUUAUUUAUGUACCAGCACUAGCAUUUAAUCAAGUAACCGGUGUCAAUGUCCAUGUUAUUACUCCUUUUGUGUGUGUCGUGUGCAUUUUUUACACAUGUGUGGGAGGUUUAAGAGCAGUGGUAUGGACAGACUUUGUUCAGGUCUUCAUAAUGUUUGGAUCAAUGCUAUUGGUCGUUAUCAAAGGGACAAUUGAUCUAGGGGGUCUAAGCGUAGUUAUACAAAGAAAUCGCGAUUCCGGAAGACUGGAACUACCAGUAGCAGAUUUAAGUCCAUUAACAAGACAUACGUUUUGGGCUUUGGUCAUUGGAGGGUUCGUUCUAUGGUUGCAAAGUUCAGCUAUUAAUCAAAAUAUGCUUCAACGAUACAUUUCGCUGCCAAACCUCCAGGCUGCAAGAAGAGCUCUCUGGAUCUUUAUUUUUGGAGCAUUGGGUCUGAUUGGAAUUUGUGGCUAUGCUGGGAUGCUCAUUUAUGCUUGGUAUCACACUUGUGAUCCAUUAACAACUAAAUUAGUCAAUGCAAAGGAUCAGCUAUUGCCUUUGCUAGUGAUGGAUAUUCUAGGAAAACUGCCAGGAUUACCAGGACUUUUUGUAGCAGGAGUUUUCAGUGCUGCACUCAGCUCUUUAUCAACUGGACUCAACUCUAUGGCAGCAGUGGUAUUUGAAGAUUUCAUCAAGCCUUUUAGGAAAACACCACUCAGUACGAAAAAGGCUGAUAUAUUAAUGAAACUUACUGUCGUGAUAUUAGGAAUUAUAUGUGUAGGUUUAGUUUUUGUUGUUGAAAAAGCAGGAACUCAUGUACUCCAGCUUUCCAUGACAAUGAGUGCCAUUCCCAGUGGACCAUCUUUAGGAAUUUUUAGUAUAGGAAUUUUACUACCAUGGGUCAAUGCUAGGGGUGCUUUGAUUGGUGGUCUUUCUGGUUUAGGAUUUAUGGGUUGGAUGACUUUGUCCGCUCAAACUGCUAUUGCUACUGGUAAUAUCAGAUUUGAUGAGAAACCAGUUUCAACAGACGGAUGUACCUAUUGGUUCCUGCAAGCAGAAAAUUUACACCUGUUGGUACCACCAGAUUCAGUUUUUGGUAACGCUGAGGAUGCAAAACUAGGUGAACCAUGGGCAAUCUAUCGUCUGAGCUACUUGUGGUAUACCGUGACUGGAGCACUAGUAACGAUGAGUGUUGGCCUUAUUGUCAGUAUCAUAUUCCCAGAACGAGAUAAGAAACUUGAUCCCAUGCUAGUUGCUCCAUUCAUCCGGAGAUUUCUGAAGAAUACUAAUGCUAAUUCUACCGAGUUAUGUCAAGUCAGUUGUGAAAGGCAUAAACCUCUAUAAAUAUUUAAUAAUUAAAGUUUAGUGAUCGAAGAUAUUUUUUAAAUAAAAAUUACCUGAAGCUAAAAAGCAGCUAGUAUUUUAAAUUAUGUAAUCAUGCAAUGUAAAUAGAAUGUGAAGUUUUUUGUAACAACAUAUCUCUAGAUAACUUUGAAACCAACUAAUACUGUUGUAAGACUACCAUCUAGACCUGAAUGUACAUGACAAUCACCGAGACAAUAUGUAAAGUAGAUCUUGUAAUCUUUAUUUUAUUUACAUAAGUCUAUUUUACACAUAUUAUAAAGUGUAGUGAUGACCGAAAUUUUGUAACUAUUUGUAUUUUGAAUGCUCCAAG